AUGAUAUUAGAUCCUAGAAUGAAAAAUUUUCCAUUUAUAAAUGGAUCAGAACGUGCAGAACAAAGAACACAGGCCAAACAUCUUUUAAGAAAUUUAUAUACUCAAUUUAAGCAAGGCUUAGUGAAUGAAAAUCUUGAAAAGCCAAUUUUGACAACAGACUUGGCCGACGAUGCUGAAGAUGUAUUUUCAAAAAUGUGGGCUGAUAAUCAAAUACAAACACAAGACGAAAUCACCCGUUAUUUAUG